AUGAACAUGAUGAACCGGUUGACCUCCAAGCUGAGCAGGAGGAGACGAGUGGCUUGGAUAGCGUAUAAGACCAUCGUGGAUGUAGUGAAGAAGACCAGGAACACCCAGUUCCGUGCUCACCUGUUCAACACCAUCGUACUUCCUGCUUUGACCUAUGCUUCGGAAACCUGGGCAUUUCGCAAGCGGGAAGAAAACGCGGUGAACGUCAUUGAACGCGCGAUUGAAAGAGUGAUGCUAGGAGUAUCCCGCCUCACACAAGUGAGAGACGGGAUUCGAAGUUCUCUCCUACGUCAACGAUCGAAGAUCAGAGAUGCCGCCGCGUUUGCCAAAGAAAGUAAAAUAAAGUGGAUCGGACACGUGAUGCGCUUUAACGAGAACCGUUGGACGAGAGCCGUGAGCAACUGGGUCCCGCUACAUGCACGUGAUGGCCCUGCCGCCCUGUCUAGACUUCUGCGAUAUCUCUGUGUGCCUUUUGCUGCAUUGCAGGAAACACGCAUGAGAGAUCGGUCGAUUGCGCUCUUGAAUAUAGUUGAGUCAACGACAGCAUAA